UGCUCGGUUUCAGCAUUAGGAUCGUCAGAUAUGUAUCAACCAUGUUCGUGUAAAACACAACGAACUGCAGCAGCGCAAUCGAAUUGUUUCGUUCUGUAGUUUUUGAUGUGCUGAACAAAGUUGCAGAAACUGUAUUAGCUAUCUCUGUUCGUCCUGUUUGAAUAUUGGCCACUCUCCGAUUUCCUCUAUCUUGUGUUCAAGCACCUUGGUAAGGUUCGGUGGCUUGCACAUUAACAGGAAGCUCUGCAGUUUUAUCUUCAGUUUUCUGCACCGUAGUCAAGCGGCCAAGCUCAUCUUUAAACUUGGCGCGCUUGGUGUUUACGACUACCUCUCCCCACCCCACCCCACGGAUCGCAAUGCGGAGAGCCCUCCGCCCGCGCCGGCUGCAGGCCGCCGAACCACCGCAGCCCGCUUCUCCCCUAUGGUACGCAGCGCCGCUGACGCCCCCGCCCGCGGGCGAGGCUGAUCCCCUCCUCGUCGCGGCCUCCGAGGUCGCGCGCGCCCUCCCCGUCCACCCCGCGCCGCUCCCGACCGCUGCGCCCGCGCCCCUCCUCCGCCUCCUCCCUGCCUUCACCUCCGUGCACUUCCUCUCCCUCCUCCGCCACAACACGCUCGCCAUCCCACCGCUCUCGCUCCUCUCCCUCUUCCGACUCCUCCUCGCCUCCCCUCCGGGCCUCUUCCGCCACACCCCGUCCUCCUUCCUCUCCAUGUCCCACGUGCUCCUCGACCACCGCCUCCCCCACCUUGCGCUUCCCCUCCUUCGCCUGCUCGCUUCCCGCCUCGGCCGUGACUCCUCGCCGCGGCUUCUCCCGCUGCUCCUCUCCUCCGCCUCACCCGGCGACCCGGCCCCUCUCGUGUCCGAACUCGCCAAAGCAUACGCCGACGAGGGCCUCCUCCCCGAUGGCUGCUCCCUCCUCAUCCUCGCGCUCCGCCGCGGCGUCCGCGUCCCGGUUCCCGCCUGGUCCGGCCUCAUGAGCUUGCACCCCACUGCUCCCGAAGCCUACACCUUCUACCUGCAGCUGCUUGACGCGGGCGUGCCCCCGGAGGCCAGGCUGUUCAACGUUCUGAUGCGUGACAUGGUUAGAUCGGGGGAGCUUGCCAGCGCGCGGAACGUGUUCGAUGAAAUGCGGAGGAGGGGCGUGCGGCACACGGUGGUCAGCUUCAACACCUUGAUUUCAGGGUUAUGCAAGGCGGGCGAUCUGGAUGGCGCAAACGCUCUGCACAGGCUAAUGGCGGAGGCAGGUGUGGCACCGGACGUGUACACUUAUGGUGCUUUGAUACAGGGGCUGUGCAGGGCAGGGAGGAAAGAAGAUGCAGUGGAGAUGUUUGAGGAUAUGUGUGUUAGAGCUGUGAACCCCAACGCCGUCGUGUUCACGACAUUGAUAGACGCACAUUUCAAGGAGGGGGAUGUGGCAACUGGGCUGGAGUUGUACCGGGAGAUGGAAGCAAGGGGUGUCCCGCUGGAUUUGGUGGCGUACAAUGCGAUGGUGAACGGCCUUUGUCGAGCGCGAGAUUUGAAGGCCGCCAAUGGCAUGGUGGAGGAGAUGAGGAACACCGGUCUCAAGCCGGAUAAGGUGACUUACACCACCCUCAUGGAUGGCUGCUGCAAGGAGGGGGAGUUGGAUAUGGCAGUGGAGAUGAAACAGGAGAUGUUGGACGAAGGGGUUACAUUGGAUGAGGUGACAUACACCGCUCUUAUAUCGGGGUUGAGCAAGGCUGGGCGAUCAGUUGAUGCAGAGCGUGUUCUGUGCGAGAUGGUGGAGGCUGGUCUGGAUCCUGACAACACGACCUACACAAUGUUGAUUGAUGCCUUCUGUAGGAACGGUGAUGUGAAGACAGGCUUCAAGCUACUGAAGGAGAUGCAGAAUAAGGGUCGAAAACCUGGAGUUGUGACGUAUAAUGUGAUUAUGAAUGGGCUCUGCAGGUUGGGGCAGAUGAAGAAUGCAGACAUGCUUCUGAAUGCAAUGCUGAAUAUUGGGGUGUCCCCAGAUGAUAUAACAUACAACAUUCUUUUGGAUGGACAUUGCAAGUAUGGGAAAGUUAGAGACUCUGAAGAACUAAAGAGUGCAAAAGGAAUGGUUUCAGAUUUUGGGGUCUAUACUUCACUAAUCAGUGAAAUUGUCAAGAAGAAGCCAACUAAGAGUUAACAUGAUACUAGAACUGACAUUGCAACACGAAUAUGAUUUGCAAGCUCAGGCUGACUAAUAAUGUGAAUGUACCUUAAUGACCAAAGAUAAUUGGCUUUGAAGAUGCAAUCUCGGGAAAGCAAGGGAUUCUAGCAAAUCAAGGACUACAUAUGUUUCGUGAAUCUCUGAUCAGUCAAUUUAUCUAGAUGAUAUCAAAUGUUUACCCAGAAUCUGAGGUGUAGGGUUCAAACUACUCUCUUGUAGUCUGGCUACCGAACAGGAUUGCAGAUUUGUGUAUGUUUAACAAUGUACAAAUCACAGAUUCACAGCCAACUCUCGCAGAUUGAGCAGAUACUUGCAAUUAUUACAA